AUGUCUAAACUAAUUCCUAAAAGAAAUCAAGACGAGGUUGAGAUAAGUGAAGAAACUAAAAGACCGAGAAGUAUUGAGCGUACAGCAAUCAGUUUGAAGAAUGCAAAUGCAAACAAGCUGGAAGUUUCGUGGGUUGGAAUCUAUUCAAUGGAUAAAGAUGAAUACAAAAAUGACAUGAGCUCGUUGAAAUAUUUAAAGCUUCCAAAGAUAAUUGAUUUCAACUUAAAUGAAAGUUCAAUACAAAAGAAAUCUUGCGGUCAAAGUUUUCUGAAUCGUUUAAAUCAAAUGAUCAAAUUUAUUGAGGAGAAUUACGAAAAAGUAAAAAGUGAAACAAAACCAAUUGCUGCAGAUUUUGUAUGCACACGAGGAGUGCUAAAGAAAAUUAUGGAGUUUAAAUAUUUUCCUGCUAACUUUAAAAUGUAUACCUUGAAACUGAAAGGUACUAUUUAUAUAGCGUUAGAAUAUGACGAUGCACAAUUUCAAAAUUUUGGACAUGAAUUUGAAAAACGGCUAUUAACUUCUAACCCUGAUAGUGAACCAGGCGAAACUGAAGGCAAAGAAUUUUGUGUUGUGAUUGAAAGAAUUGUUGAUGACGUUAAGAUCCUCUUUAACGUUGAAUGUGACGGAAUUGAAAGUAAUACUCUUGUUGAAGAUUUCAAUGAUCUUAAAGAUGCAACAAUUGUUGAACUGAAAACACGAAUUGACAAACAACAAUUUCGAGAUAAUACGCAUUUUGCAUGGUUGAUUCAGUCUCAUGUUUCUGGUAUAAUUGACAAAAUAUAUGAAGGAAGACGUGAUGAAAAUGCAAUUGUAAAAAACAUAAUAAUUCAUGAUCUAAAAGAGCUGGAAGAUAAAGGAAAAGAACAAAAAGGAUACGACUUAAAUCAAUGCUAUGUUUAUCUACGAAACUUCUUGAAUAAAGUGAGAGAUGAAAUGAUAAAUGUUGUGAAUUUUAAAGAAGUAUUUGUCUAUAGUUUCAUUAAAAGAGGCUUUUAUCAAGAAUUAGAUGAAAUGAAUUCUCAAAUUGAUUCACAAGUUAAAUCCACAAAUUGGAUACCUCCUCCAACUAUUGAAAAUCGCGAGAUUCUUCCAAAAUCUUAUAUUGACUUCAUUAACAAAUGUUGA